AUGGCUACGGUGCCGGAUCCCGAGACUAAACCCGCUUCUUCGUCUCCACCAGCAUCAGCUUUAUCCACCGUUACCGUUAACCCGGAUCCGAGUAUACCACCUAUUAAACGGCGUGCUCCUAUUGCUUGCCGAAGAUGCCGACGAAUGCGUAGCAAAUGUAUUCAUGAAAAGGCAGCUCCUUGCAAGUCAUGCCUAGAAGCGAAUGUGCCCGAAGAAUGCGUAUUCCCAGCACGUGGUGCCUUAGAUCAUGAUCGCUCGUUUCGACACCCACGCCAGAGAGCCGACAAGAGACUUAAAAGCGACAUCAAAGUCAAGAAAGAGUCUUCCUCGCCAGGUUUUGUACGCGAUGUUCUCGCCGACUACAACCCCCCAAAGCUAGAAAACGAAUGGGAUCUGCUCCCAAGCAUCGAAGUUGUAGUGGACGGCAUCAAUGCCUUCACGAAUAACUUCUUCCAACUAGGGUUCAUCCCUAAAAAGUAUUUUCCUAAGAUGGUACAGGAAAAUCCAUCGUCCGUGAGUGCAUUCCUCCUAUUGAGUAUUCUCGCAAUCUCAGCUAGGUUCAGCAAGGCUUUGGCGGAAGACUACGGUAGUGGACUCAAAGCGGCGACUGAGUUCAUGCAUAAGGCGCAAUGCCUUGCCACCCACGAGCUUUACCAACAGCCCACCCUCGAGAGGUGCCAGGCGUUUUACCUGUUGAGUAUUGCGGAGCAAGGAAGUGGGAAAUCAAACACAAGCUAUAUCAGCGCAGGCAUUGCUUUUAGGAUGGCUGCGCUUAUGCGACUUCAUCGGGAAGAAGCCUAUGGUCCUAUUACAUGCAAUUCGCCCAUAGAGCACCGGUUACGAGCCGAGUCCGCUCGACGUACAUUUUGGAUGCUCCACAGCCAAGAUAACCUUCAUUCAGGUCCCUAUAAACCCCUAUCACUGGCACCCGGCGACAUAACCGCUCUUCUCCCUAGCGAUGAAACAGAAUUCGAGAAUGGCAAGAUUCCUGAGCGCCGCGCUGCCCUCGAUGGAACCCCUCCAGCUAUUCAAGAUCCGGGUCUCACGAUACUCAGGCCAAGAUCUCUAUUUGCGUCGUUGAUGCAAGCGCAUAAUCUAUGGGGAAUCAUCGCUCGACGACUCCUUUUUAAUAGGAAAUCUGGUCGGCCUAAUGAUGGCUGUAGUGAAUACGCGAAAUUGAACCGGAGGCUUAUGGACUUCGAACAGAAUCUUCCGAGUGACCAUACGUUUGGUAAGAUCCUGCUUGGUGGUUAUAGACACUAUGGCGAAGAUCUCGCGUAUCUCGGCUUGACUGGUUGUGUUCGACUUUGUCAUAUUAUUCUCCGUAAAGAGUAUAUGGAAGACAUGAUUCGGCAUGCUGAUGGGAACCCUUCGAACCCCGAGGUAACCUUUUAUAAAGGCAUGGCUAGAGAAUUGUUCUUCAACGUUAGAAAGUUGUACUCGCAAAUUGAGGCCCAUUACGAAGAUGGCGUUGAAGGGAAAAGAGUUGGUUCUCAGAUGGCUGGGUUCAUUAUAUACGGUUGUGGAUUAUUGGCUUCAUAUUUAUGCAAAUUUCCUCAACUGGAUGUCCAUCACGUAGGGCAAAAUCUCGAAGACAUAAAAGCUGAAGGUCGCGCCAUGUAUACUCGCAUCGUAUCCGUACUAAGGGAAUGCCAGAAGGCGUGGCCUCUGGCUGAAACUUGGUGUAACGGCCUAGAGAAAUGGUAUGCGGACUCGAAUCCUGAGCGAAGGACAUUCCAAGGCGGUACAAUGACUGAUGGGAAAGAACCUCAACCUUACGCCCUCACUGUCAUGCAUCCCCGGACUACCACGAGUCUUCAAUCCGAAGCUCUUAACCCUACUCGACUACGUACCACACCUCCGACAGCUUUUGCAGAUGAGCAACGACAAGCAGUAGUCAGCAAGGUUACUGAGCCACACCGACUCGCGCCGUUACAACAAUCACCGCCCGGCUACGCCCAACCAGUGUGCCUACCACCGUUAUCGCAAACCCCGUACGGGGCACAAUAUCAACAAUCAGUUCCCCCUCCACUGACACUGCCUCCUCCACCAUCACCACAACAGCCCUCUCACCCGCCAAACUACACUCAACAAUUAUAUACAAGCUCCGGUCUCGAUAUGCUAGCCCAAGCAUCCCACCAGCCGUCAACACAAACGGGAAUAAAUCCAUACCAACAACACCAGAGCACCGGAUAUUACCCCGAAUACCCAACAUCUGCCACCCUCAACGACGGCUUCGACAGUAACUUACAGAUUCUCGUCGAUGGCGCAAGAAGCCAAUGGCCCGGGACGGACACCGAUGCCACGGGCGUUAUGUAUGACACAUACGACAUACCGAGUUAUCUACCCCAGCGGUGA